GACGCUCCACCCGACCGGUAGGAGCCGCCAUCAACUAGCGGUUUCCGGGCCACAACGGGCGUUGACCCUUGCCUUACCCCUCCACCGAGCCCACCACUGGCCGACAUGGUUGAGGCGGAUCGCCCCGGGAAGCUCUUCAUUGGCGGGCUCAACCCCGAAACCGACGAGAAAGGCCUCGAGGCCGCGUUUGGCAAGUAUGGCCGCAUCAGUGAGGUGCUCUUGAUGAAAGAUCGAGAAACCAGUAAGUCCAGGGGCUUCGCGUUCGUCACCUUCGAAAGCCCGGCAGACGCCAAGGCUGCCUCCAGAGAUAUGAACGGCAAGACCCUGGAUGGUAAAGCCAUCAAGGUGGCCCAGGCCACCAAGCCGGCGUUUGAGAGCGGCCGGCGGGGCGCGCCGCCGCCGUCCCGCAGCCGUGGUCGCUCGAGGGGCCUGCGCGGGACCCGCGGGGGCGGCGUUGGCCCGCGGCGACCCCCAUCCCGGGGAGGGCCGGCGGACGACAGCAUCUACGCGGGGGAUUUCGACCCGCGGUCCUCCAGGGCCCCGCUGCCCAUGAAGCGCGGGCCGCCGCCACGCAGGGCCGGGCCGCCCCCCAAGAGGGCCGCGCCGUCGGGCCUGGCUCGCAGCAGCGGCGGUGGAAUGCGCGGGCGGGCCGCGGCCGCACGGGGGCGAGACGGCUAUGCAGGUCCACCGCGCCGGGAGCCGCCACCCCCGCGCCGGGACCCCUACCUGAGUCCCCGGGAGGAGGACUGCUCGCCCAGAGACAACUACUCGAGCCGAUACUACCCUAGCGCCCGCGACCCCCGCGAGUUUGCUCCUUCGCCUCGAGAGUACACCUACCGCGAUUACGGCCACUCCAAUGCCCGGGAUAACUGUCCGUCGAGAGGGUAUGGCGACCGAGACGGCUACGGGGGGCGCGACCGCGACUUCUCGGACCAUCCGAGCGGAGGCUUCUACCGAGACCUAUUCGAGAGCUACGGGGACCCGCGCAGCGCCGCCGCGAUGCGGGGGCCUCCGCUGUCGUACGGCGGGGGAGGCCGCUACGACGAGUACCGGGGCUGCUCGCCCGACGCCUAUGGCGGCGGCCGCGACAGUUACGGCGGCGGCCGUAGCGACCGCUACUCGAGGGGCCGCGACCGGGUAGGCAGAGCCGACCGCGGGCUCUCCCCGUCCUUGGAAAGGGGGUGCCCUCCCCCGCGCGAUUCUUACAGCCGCUCUGGCCGCAGGGUCCCCAGGGGCGGAGGCCGCCUGGGAAGCCGCUCGGAGAGAGGGGGAGCCCGGAGCAGAUACUAAGUACCAACAGACUUGGGAGUUGAAAAUUCCGUUUUCAAAGAAACUAACGAAAAGAAGAGUCAGUUGUAUGCUAACUACCCAAGGAUUAGUACAAGGAAGAGUUGUUUUUAUCUUUUAAAAAAUUUUAAAAUUUCCUGUUCACUUCCUCUCCAUAUUUUUUGUGCUUUUUGGGAGGAAAAAGUUAAAACUCGUUUAAUUGCGUUUUGGAAUUGUUAACGUUUCUUUCAACAAGCUCAUGUUAAAAGUAUGACUUGAACCUGCGUACUAGUCUUCUUAUAUUUCCAAGUAAAAAUUCUUCUAAAGGCUUCCUCUCUUCUAAGUUUUCCUGAUAAAUGAGACAGUCUCUGCCCACCAAAAAUGGAAAAAUGGAUCAGUCUGUUAAUUCAAAGCAACAAGAUUUGGGGGGGGGGGCGGGGAAUGGAAGGGCACUGGUAUAUGCUACUCUUAAGAUUUCAGGGUAUUUUUCAGACUGAGACUCAGUGUUCCCAGUAUUUUAAAAAAAUGACCAGCAACAACAACAAAAAUCAUUUAGAUGCCUAUUUAAAAAAAGCUCUGUUCACUCUUAAGUCUAAAAAAGCAAGUGGAUAAUGCUGGGCAUAUGUUGUCUUUUUGCCUUUACUUUGAGAAUCUGCAGAAUCUCCUGUUCCCUUGCUCCCCAAAAUACUAUUCAUAUAUGUUGAACAAGGAUGGAAUACUAAAUUACAGAGUUGGCCAACCAACCACAGAGCUGCAGAAAUCCCAGACAAACAUCAAUUAAUCGCAUUUAUUUUCACCACCAACAAAUUAUUAAGAAACAAGUAGAAAAUACACCAAUGGUGAAUUUGGGGAUCAUAAUGGCUUCUGUACCUAACUCCAUGCUACUUGCCCUUGGCUCUAGAGCCAGCUAGCUGGCUCCUAUGGAGAGAAUUAGUCUUCUGCCCUUGGGGGUGGAGGAACCAAAUGUGAAGCAGCAUCAGAGCUCAGAAGCUCAGAGAAUUCUUGAGAGAGCUUGGCAUUUCAACGUCUGAGGAACUCAUCCUGGUGUGAGGGACCUGGGGAUGGGUUGAGUGUUCUGUACUGUUAAGCUGGGGAGAAGGGCUUGAACAGAUAAAGAUCAGAGAGGCUUCCCCCAGGGUGCCUCAGGAGGGAUGUAACAGUCUGCACUUUCUACCCCAACCUCAGGGCAAGAAACACCUUUUUCCAGUCAGCACCUGUGGAAUUUCCCUGUUUAUCUGAGAGAGAGGUAAUUGCACAGUCAAGGAACUCUAGUCGCCAGAGAAAGAAGGAUCAGGUUAAAAUAGUAGGACUCAUGUUCUGCAUAGUAAUUGCUGGAGGAAACAGAUGAGCACCUGCACAACAAAAAAGUACUUAAAGAGAUCUGAAUGUAACACACUCACAUACACAACUCCAAAAACAUGACUUUUUGACAAAAUAAUAAAGUAGGUGAAUUAUAGGAAAGGCUGCAUUACUGGCCCAGAAGAUCAAAUGCAAGAAAUAGCCAAAAAAAAAAAAAAAAAAAAUCCAGAAUCACUCAGGCAAAAUGUGAAAUACCUUUAUGGAAAACUUAUUAACGUUUAUUGAAGGACCUAUAAAAAGACUAAAUAAAUGGAGGUUUGUAUCAUGUCAUGGUUGGGAACACUUUUUAUCAUAACUAUUCUUAACCUCACCAAAUUAAUUUGGAAAAUCAGUACAACUUCAAGUGAAGUUACAACAUGAUUUUUCCACACAGCUCCCUUCUCUUUCCCAGUAAUACCCAUUUAUUUGUGUGAUCUACGAUGGAAUACUGAAUAAAAGAUUUGGCUAACCAGCCACAAAACUAAAAAAAAAAAAAAAAAAAAAAAAAAAGAAAAUGACUUCAUUCACCACAAAUUUUUAAGAAACAGGUAAGAAAAA